AACAGCCUGAGCUAUCCUCGUACAUUGCCCUCUCUGUGACUCCGUAUCCAAUUUCUCGUCCUCAACUGCGGUGCUUUCUAUGUGUAGGACCGUUCAUGCCCAAGGCAUAUCGAAGCGAGUUUGUAUUCUGCUGGAGAGGUUCGUAUCGAUUCAUGGGCACCUGUUUUGUAGUCGAAUCUACACAGUGGAGCCAGUGCUUAUGUGUUUCCUCAGAUAGUCCCUGUGCCUGCUCCGAGAGCUCGUUUUAGCGGAACUCUUGUGCAUAAUUCCCAGCUGGAAGGGAGUCAAGUUUUUGGUCAUCAUGGGAGACGCGGAUUGCGGGCUCCGCCUUGUGCAAAAUGGUCAACCUGCGGGCUUCAUGGAUCGGAGUACUCUGGGGAAUGCCGAUUUAACGUACGACGAAACCCUCACACAUAAGACAAUCUUGGUGGGCGACAGUGGUGUUGGAAAAACGUCAUUAUUGGUACAGUUUGAUCAGGGAAAGUUUCAGCAGGGAUCAUUUUCUGCCACAGUCGGGAUCGGUUUCACGAAUAAAGUAGUGGAUGUAGAUGGUACUAAGGUCAAAUUACAAAUAUGGGACACAGCGGGCCAGGAGAGGUUCCGGAGUGUGACCCACGCCUACUACAGAGAUGCCCAUGCCCUUUUACUGCUGUAUGAUGUUACCAACAAGGCCAGCUUCGAUAAUAUCAGAGCUUGGCUAGCUGAAAUAAACGAGUAUGCACAAGAUGAUGUUGUCAUUAUGUUGCUAGGCAACAAAUCUGAUAUGACGGGUGAGCGAGUUAUACGACGAGAAGACGGGGAGAGACUAGCCAGGGACCACGGUGUUGCAUUCAUGGAGACUAGUGCAAAGACAGGAAUGAAUGUAGAACUGGCAUUUAUGGCUGUAGCUAGAGAUUUAAAAAUGAAGAAAACAAGGCGACCUAACGAACCCAAGUUCAGUGUUACGGAAUAUGUAGAAAGUGAGAAAAAGUCUGCCGGAUGCUGUGGGUAAUCAAGACUGAGAAGGAAAAGAUCCUAUACAAAUUUUCCUGAAUUAAAUUAUUUUUACAUGUACAAAGACUCAGUUGUGGAAACCAGGGGACAUACCUGAAUGUCCUUGUCCGUUACUCUCAAUGCCCAGUCAUUAUUUUGCCAUUGCAUUUAACAUUUAGCUGUAAGCUGAUAUACAUGUAGCAGAUUUACUUUGCUGCAUUUUGCCACAAGUCCCCUGAAAUGUAAGCCAUGGAUGCCCUGAGUUCAGUAGCACUCAUUUUAGUGUGUCAAGAGUAUCAGAUCAUCAAAGUUUGCCAGAUUUUUAGACUAGAGUGUGUAAUGGACACACAACUAGUUGGAUUUGCCUACUUUGAAUGUGGAUGCUAGAAGAGCUAGAAACGAUACCCCAGAAUUUGGUGGUUCAUUUUAUAGUUUAACAUCUCUUACUCACAGAAACCAGAAUUUCAUACAAGACAGGACAUAGGUUCACAGGAUACAAUGCCAUUCAAAAUCCCAAAUUGCCAUGUACACUCCCAAUUUGUCUGUCAGGAUUUGGAAUUUGUACAUGAGAUCCCAGUAACUUGCCAAGGAUAGUUGUAGGACAAAUUGUUUCUUUUUUAUUCCACAUGGGUAUUUGGUCACAGGGAUUGUCCUGACAAAACCUGCCAGGAAUAUGUCAGACAAAUUUCAUGGAUUCGUAUGUGAAAACAUUCCCAAAAGGUAAUUUUACUCACAAGACAGUCUUUAAUUUUAUAAGUUGUAGACAAGCAUAAUAGGGGAGCUGCGAGUUCGAUCUCUUGUGUCACAACGGGUUAAAAUAGUCCUUCUGUAACUUGUCAAAAAUGUUAGGCAACUUUUGUUCACAAUAAUUAACCAAUCAGCUGUCUUGUCGAAUACACAAAUGACAGGCCAUACACAAAGGCCAUUCUUCAGGAACUUCUUAACUUCACAUUCACAAAACGUUAAGCAACUCAAUUUUUUCCAUAGUUCUUGUAUUCUAAACAACUUUUUGUGAAACUUUUUGCAAGGGCUCAUAUUAUAGUAAAUAAAAUGUAAUCAGAAAUAGUUACCUAACAUUUCUGACAGGCCACAUGGUACAGUAGAACAUUUUUCUCCUUCAUUGUGAAAGAGUGCAAACUCAAAACUCCCAUGUUGUAAACAGAUAUGAAUUUAAAGAGAAAAGUUUAAAUAUAGAUAUAUAGUCCAUCUGAUUGAUUCUUUGUUAACAACAACAUCCUUGGCCACAUGGACCUGUUUAUGUAUAGGAGUGUUUUUUAUGAGCCCAGUUCCACCACUGGUGAUGGAAUAUUGACACGUUUCCUAUUGUCAUGACACUGCCUUUCUCCAUUCUGUCGAUCUUUAUAAAAUCAAUAUAGAUUAAGGACUGAAGUGAUAUAUAAUAUAUUCCAUUUGCAUGGAAUAUUUGCCUCUGGGGAAUUCUAGCCCUUUGCCAGCAGAUUUAAUGGAAUGAAACAUUUUAUGUCAAAACCACUUUUUUGUGUUCAAGAUGUUAUGUAAUAGUGCAUUGCUAUACUUGUCUCUUGUACCUUUCAUAAACGUUGUAUUUUACUGUACUUUUAAUAUUAUUUCAUAAAUUGCCUAUAUUUUGUCACAAACUCUAUUCCCAAAUUUUACUUUUUGUGAAGAUCUGUCUGAUGCUAAAUAUGUAUACAUAACACAUGGUGAUGUCUUUGAAUGUCAAAACAAUCUAACUUCUAUAUAUGUGUAUUCUGAGGGUCACAGGGGUGGGGGGGGGGGGUAAAUGAACACUGACUAGUUAGGCUCAAAUAUUUUGAUUUACCGAUUAGACGGGUAAAAAUAUGGAAUGUAUAGAUGUCCUGGCCCACUUGUGCUGAAUUGUAAGUGGUGAAUUCAGUUUGGUGUUAGGUUUGAAAUCAGUCCCCUACAGAGAUGAUUUUCAUUAUUCACUCAUCAUAAGCAUGUUUCGUGUGUGGUAUAAACUCAGUAUAUAAACUCAUAAAUCAAGGUUUUGUUUUCUCGAUAUUUAAAUCAGGCUGUUGUCUUUUCUGUUUAUGGUCCAAAUUGUGAGGAAAGAUUAAUGUAUGUUGUUUUGCCACAGAUGUUCUUGUGAUCAUAUAUACAUCAGAGUUUAGGGGCCACUGUCACAAAACUUUGUAAAUCAGUUUUUCAUAACUUUUCUUGUAAAUAACGUUGCCUUAUUGCACCAAAACAUACAUGUAAACAACAUCAGUUACGAAAAAAAGUUACGAGAAAUGUGACCUAGGAAGUAUUGUGAAAGUGGUCCCUGUAGUUUAUAUAUUUGUCUGAAAGGUACAAAGUUGUUUUCAAUUAUACCACAUAAAAGAAAGUGGGGUUAAGACAAAAUGGAAACAUUUAGUUUUGUAUUAACUUUUAAGAAGGUAGGAGUGAAACACAUGGCUUUGCCUGUCAUAUUUGGUUGAUUACACAACAUGUUAAUAUACAACCUGAUUGCUUUAUCAUUAAAAACGAGACAAAAUGAAAAUCAGACAUCAGGCAAGUAGACCUUGUUGGAUAGAAUGGUUCUCAUUAGUGUGGAAAUAUAUUUUCAAGACUGUAAUUUACCUGUAGAUAUCUCCAUUUAGGCCUAAGUCAAACUUUACAGCUGGUGCAAAGAUCUGAAUUUUUAGUGUGUUAGUGUUUGAAACAGAAGGUUUGCAUCCGUAUUAUACACUUGUUAUGAUUAGCACAAAAUACACAUCUGGUGUACGUCGAAGAUUGGAAAUUGAAAAUGGUGUGGAGCGGAGCUUAUGGAAUGCAUUUCAGUAGGCCCACUUGUAUGUAAGCUUGCAAAUGAGAAGAAACAUAGCGUUUGUGUCACCUUUCAUUCACAUAUGUUUUAUUUUACUGAAAUUGAAUUCUUUACCAUAUAUAUAAUGCUUUACAUGAUUGUUGUUUUAUUGAACCUGUACAUUGCCAAGGCCAUUCCAUUUUGUUGCUAGAGGGAAGGGUUGUCAUAAUAUAUAGAAAUUACCGAACAUUGCAUAAUCUCUUUAUUUAUUGUAAUUUAUUCCUUCUUAUUUUGUGUCAAGAUGUCACCAAUGUAUAUUGCCUAGUGUUUGUUGAAAAGGUUUCUGUUUAAUAUUGGUUUAGAAUAAAUUUAUAAAACAUUUCAAAGGGGUGUGUUUUAGAGAUAAGAAUGUUUCUUUGUUGAAAAUUAAGUUUACGAUGUAACUUUUAAAAGUGUAUGUACAUAUAGAAUAUACACAAUGUCUGUACACUUUGUGUGAAACGUUGUACAGAAAACAGUAUCUCCGUGCAAUAUACCUAAAGAGUAUGUAAAAAAUGACAGAUGUAUAUAGCUGUAGUUGACAUUAAAACAAUGGCAUUCAA